AUGGCUCCAAUUGACCCCAACCAACCUGCCUUUGGGCUUGGCCAACCUGCUUUCGACUCCCAGGCCUUUCUCAAUGGCCUUGCCAACCUCGAUACUGACGGGCCUUUCAAUGCUGCCAAUGGAUUCAACCACUACGAAAAUCCCGAGCUUAUGUGCAGCUUCGAUGAGUUCUUUGCCAGUAUUCCUCUCGAUGACCUCGAUCAGUCUGGGUUUGACCAGCCAAGUUCAACCACAUCUGUCAACCGCUCUCCCCAGCCCAUUUCAACCAGACCUGUCAAGCGCUCUGCCCAGCCCAUUUCAACCAGACCUGUCAAGCGCUCUGCCCAGCCCAGUUCAACCACACCUGUCAACCGCUCUACCCAGCCAGUAUCCAACAAUCUCCCCGUGCAUGCACCAUACAGGCAAAUGACCUACGAUCCCUCGAUUGGGAUUGCAUACACCCCUGAGGACACUGAUGCCGACAAGGUCCGAAAGUGGGAGAACCUCAUCGCCCAGGCCAAUUUGGCCAAUGCCGGCGUCCCACCCUCUGCUCCUCGGCCGAUUGAAGAAGAGACAGUUGGACAAAGCCCCCAGGCUGUGGACUCGCCCAAUUCUCUGUUUGAAUCUCCUCGCUCCCCUUCCGUCGAGAUCGUCGAGACUCCUAGCACCGCUCCGUCGACUCCACCCCCUCCCCAAGCUCCUCCAGCUACAAUGGCACCUUCGAACGCCGCGACGAAUGUGAAUGCAAGUGCCAUUCCUCGCACCGUGCAGCUUCCGCGAGCGUUGACGAACCAAAAGGGCUAUGCACAACACGUUUCCCCAUUUGCCCCCGUUGCAACAAUUGCUCCGCCUCCUCCAUCCGCCCCAAAUUCUCGCGAGCUGGAGAACGCACGAUCCCGCAUCCAGAGCCUGUCUAAGGAACGCAACUACUAUCAACGCAGUUUGCGGAAGGCGACUACCAUUGACCCCAAGACAGGUAAGACGAGCCUGCAGCUUCUCCAGGCGGAGAAUGUGGCUCUUCGCCGGGUCAAUGCGAAACAGUCACAGGAGAACGGGAAUCUCAAGAAGGAGAUUGAGGAGACUCGUAAGUCGUACGCUUCACUGGUCGAGCACUACAACAACAAUAUUAAGCAGUUGCACAAGGCGCGGCUUGAGUUGCAACAGCUAAGGAAGUAG